AUGCCGUCUUGGUCCUUACGAACCACACCUUGCACUUGCAGUAAAUAUGAGUAUGACGUCUUCAUUAGUUUUCGUGGCGAAGAUACUCGCACAAGGUUUACGGACCAUCUCUGUAAGGCUUUUAAAGACAAAAGGAUUCGCGUGUACAGAGAUGAUAGUGACCUUGAAAGAGGAAAGACGAUUUGGACAGAGCUGGUGCAGGCAAUCAAAACAUCAAGGAUUGCAGUUAUUGUGUUUUCCGAAAACUAUGCUAAUUCCAAGUGGUGCCUUGAUGAGCUCGUGGCGAUCAUGGAUUGCAAAAGUAGUACUAGUAAACGUAGGUGUAAAUGUAAAGAAACUUUAACAGUGCUACCUAUUUUCUACCAUGUGUCUCCGUCUGAAGUACGAGAACAGAAGGGAAAUUUUGCAGAAGCGCUCCCAAAGGGCCCUAAGAAGAAAUGGAGGGAGGCAUUGACAGAGUCUGCAAAGUUGUCGGGCUUCCCUUUGACAAAAGAUAGCUCAGAGUCAAAGUAUAUAGAGCAGAUUGUUGAAACCAUUUCCAAAACACUAAAUAGGGAAUCACUUUCGGCAGCACCUGCUGGUUCUGAGAGUAAUAUUCAUAGAGAAGACUCUUCAGCCCUUACUGAGCUCACCUUUGCUCCUCUGUUUUCCAAAAACUAUGCUAAUUCCAGGUCGUGCCUUGAUGAACUCGUGGUGAUCAUGGAUUGCAAAAGCAGUACUAGUAGGUGUAAAUGUAAUCAAACUUUAGAAGUGGUACCUAUUUUCUAUGAGGUGUCUUCGUCUGAUGUACGAGAACAGAAGGGAAAUUUUGCAGAAGUGCCUCCGAAUUUCUCUGAAGACACGGUGAAGAAAUGGAGGAAGGCAUUGACAGACUGCACAUUUGUCGGGCUUCCCUUUGGGAAAAGAUAG